AUGGGCCAGCGACAUCUGGGAUCCGUCUUGACACUUGUGGCCGUGGCGUUGGCGGGUAACCCAAUACCCUUGUCUAUAAGCUCACCAAGCAACGCCAGCGAGCCUAUCCGCGAAUCAUUUGUCUCGUUUUCCAUCGAGUUUUCUUCUUUUCCUGACUUCGCUGGAAACUCGUCGACACCGAACAACUUCUCGUAUAACCUCUUGACGAAUCUAGGCGCUAUACAGGGCUCCAAUCCGAUCAUCAGAGUCGGAGGGAACACGCAAGACUAUGCAACUUAUGAUGCGAAUCAGGAGGAAGCCCUCGUCGGGACCGUCAACGUGAAUCGCUCAAGAGACUACCCGACCACCAUCAGCAUCGGACCGUCGUACUUCGAUAGUUACAAUACCUGGCCAGGGUUUCAGUACCUGCACGGCUUCAACUUGGGAAAGAACGGGUCCGCUGGCUACGACACCUUGGUUGGCACUGUUCCCCUAGUCUGCAAGGUUCUCACCAGCGACAAGCUCGCAUUCUUCACGCUCGGAAAUGAGCCAGACCUAUUCAAGACCUCUGCACAAGGGCCUGUGCGCCCUGCGGGGUGGGACGAGUCUGACUACGUAGCUGAAUAUCUAAACAAAACCCGGACUAUGCGCCAAAUCGUUGAGCGAGACUGCCCUGCCGUUAUCGAGCAAGGCAAAUUCCGCUUCUAUAGCCCAUCUUUUGCUGGCACUUCCAACAGCUUGAACAUUAUCAAGACCUUCAGCUCUGGGCUUGACACCGACCAGGAGAUCGCUUUUAUUGACAGUCAUAACUACAUUGGUGGUGCAACGCAACCGGGUGUGACGCUCCAGCACACACUGAUGAACCACACGAGCACAGUCCUGAGUGUCAACAAGCACUUGAACGAGACCACACUGCUUCGAGAUACCGGACUGCCUUACUUGCUCGGGGAGACGAACAGCCUUUACAAGCUGACCAAACCAUCUGACAGCCAAGGCGCCCCUGCCCUCUCUAACAGUUUUGGUGCUGCCCUUUGGGGCGUGGAUUUCAAUCUCUACUGCGCGGCUACAGGCAUUGCAAGAGUGCAUAUGCACCAAGGAACCAAUUAUCGCUAUGCAUCGUGGCAACCGAUGAGCACGCCGAACGAGACCAUAGGCACGAAAGCACCCUACUAUGGCAACAUUGCUGUCGCCAGCUUCCUUGGGGAUUUGACAUCCGGCAAUACAUCAGUCGCGAACAUCGAUCUUGACAGUAUCUACAAUGCCGCCUACGCGGCGUACGUGAAUGAUAGGCUGGAGAGGAUUGCGCUCAUCCAGAUGCAGGCCUACAACUAUACCGAGUCUAGAAGCAAUGAUGAGAGGCCGAGCGAGGCCUUCAGCUUCACGUUGCCAAGUGAUUACGGUGUCAAGGAGGUGAGCGUCCAGAGGCUUAUGGCGAACGGGAGCAAUGCGAUCACUGGUAUCACGUACGAUGGCGUGAGCUACAACUAUGAGCUCGACGAGGGUCUGCCUGUCCCGCAGGACAAUGCCACAACAGGAGAGAUACUGAAGGUUAGUGAAGAAGGUGUCGUUGAAGUGGAGGUGCCCUGGAGCAGUGCCGCAGUGCUGCAACUGAAAUGGGACUGA